AUGCCCUACAGCCGCAGCUCCGGGACCCUCUCCUCCCGCUCCCUGGGCGGCUGCCUGCGGUACCCGGCCUCCUCCUGCGGCUCCUUCUACCCCGGCAACGGCUACCCUGGCAACGGCUACCCCGGCAGCGUGGCCUACACCCAGGGCCCCUGCCAGCAGGGCUCCCCCGCCUACGGCUGCCAGGAGGCCUGCUGGGAGCCCGCUGCCUACCAGGCGCCCGGCUACGGCCGCCGGUCCUCCUCGCUCUGCCGGCCGCUCCAGGCCUCCUGCCCCGGCUCCUCCGGCUGCAGCGGCACCGGCUUCGGGCCCUUCGGUUACGGGGGCUCCCGGCCCCAGGCGCUGGGCUGCGGGUCCGGCUACUGCCGCCCCACCUACUUCUCCUCGUCCAGGCCCUACCAGGGCCCCUCCUUCCAGCCGGCCUGCGGCUCCAGCUGCUACGGACAGACGUACUGA